UACAUUUUAAGUUUGCAUAUUAGUACAAUAUAUUUUUCAUUUUUAAACUAAGUUCUGCUUCUACCUCAUUCAGCGUAAAGCAACUCUUUGUUUUCCUUCAGGGUCUAACCAUGCUCUUCUUAUUACUUUCAGAGUUAUCUGUAUCCCUAUAUAUGAUAAUAUAUUACUUUUGACACUUUAAAGAAGGAUUUUUUUAUGAAAUAUAAGUUAUUUUCGGAGUUCAUUUUCCUACCUAAAGUAAGAUGACUGGAUAUCUGAGGCUCUGCCUUUCGUGACAUCAUCCUAGAGGCGGCCUUGGUGGCGUGUCCGUUUCUCCCACAAUAACAAACAAUAUCCGAGCUUUUGCAAAGAUGGAUUUGCAGAUUGUUCAUGUAAAAGGAAAGUGUUUGGCCGAUCACCACUAGCCCCACGGAGAAAGUUAAAUAUUGAUUUUGCAUGAAAUAAGCCCUUUAACUCAUUGCUUAGCGAUUAUCUGGACAUUCGUUUAUUGUUCCGUUGUGUAUUGUGGAUUACUAGUUUUGUUGGUGUGUUCAUUAGAACAAGGGGAGGACUGUGUUGCCACGUGAAACUCUGAAGGAUUAUGGUCUCUCAGGAGGAGCACAGUUCUGAUUUUCUGAAUUUCUCUGACGUGAAGCGAGUCUGUGUCAUACUAAACUCAUAGAGGCAUCAGAUGCCAACACAAUAACUUGUUUAAAAAUAACUUCCAAUAAACAUACCACAUUCUGAAUUUUCCUAAAAGCUGAAAUGUCAAGGAAAAACACGUUUUUCAUGAAAUUUCUGGCGCUCUGUGAUGCUGUGAGAGAUGCGAGUCCUGCUGUUUGCAGUGAUUUCACCUUCUUAUUCAUCCAUUCAUCUCUCCAAACAGCUUUUAGGUCUGGGCUGAAGCGGGCCUUCAUUCAUCAACAGAACUCUCCAACCUGUUUACAUCUGGAUUUUACCCAGAGCCAUACGUCCUCUUCUUCUUUUCCUUUGAACCGCUGGAAAGCUUUUGCUGUGAGACAGAAAGCUUCACCUCUGACAGAAAAAACACGUAUAAAAAUCAAAGAUGACACUCAGGAACGGAUGAUGGACUAAAUGCUCAAACCAGGAGAACAAUGCAACCAAAUGUGAACAUAACUUCAAUUUGUUUGUAGAUUUUUAAAAAAUCUAAUUGUUUUUUUUUAAAUCUGCAUAACAAAUACAUUUCUGUUGGAACUUUCUGCACAUUUUUUUAUCAUUUUGCAAAGGGAAGCAAAUAUAAAUCGAUAUAUUUUUAUGAGAAACAGGAUAUAAAGUGAAAAAGAAUAGAGAAAGAAAGUUCUCUUUUUAUUCAGCUGUUUGUUUUGAAGCUGAAGAAACAGAUAAACAAGUGACCUUAAGGUCAGAAGUCCUCCUUUGUAUCCUCGUAUUGAUUCCUAUAGAACAGACACCAGUUUUCAAAGUGCUGCAUUAGAUUAAGGAUAAAAGGGGAAAAAAAGAGUUAAAUCCAAAACCAAUUUAUAGCAACAUAAAUAGAUUUAUUUUACUUAAAAAGAUUUUUUUAAAUGCAUUAAAGGGCAGCAGAGGCCUUAUUUGAAAGGCUUUCAUCUCUACUUUUAAGAUGCACCUUAACGAUUAUGUCUUAACACGUCUUCUUCUUGACUUCUUUAUUUUGUUUCUUUUAACUUGAAACUUUUAGCUUUUUUUGUGCCUGCAAGUUUGAUCAAAACAUUGUUCAUUUUUGUCUGUUCAUUUCCAUUUGAAAGGCAUUUUGGCCUUUCUUUAAAUGCCAGAACAGAAACCUCCUAAAGCUGUGUCAGAGUUUGUUGAUUUGGGACCUCCAGCCUUGACUUCUGCUCAGAUCUUCAGUAGCAGCGCCGCCGCUGAAUAUAAAGAAGGAAGUAUGGCCACCACUGUUGCUGUCAGCCCCAGUGAAUACCUUCAGCCCUCCUCUGCUUCCACGCAACAGGACACCCAGCCGUCCCCUCUGGCCCUGCUGGCGGCCACCUGCAGUAAAAUCGGCCCUCCCGCCGCUCAGGCCCCCGUCACCUCUCCGCCGGCGCAGCCGCAACCCCGCAGGCUCCUCCCCAUAAAGCCGGCCCCCAUAGCCCCAGCUCCUCCCAAAAACAUGGGCUUCCUGUCAGCUAAGGGGAAUGUGAUCCAGCUCCCCGCCGGCCUGGGCUCCAGCGCUCCCGGCAGCCCCAUCGUCCUCACAAUCCAGCAGAGUCCUUCCCGCUCCAGCGCCUCCGGCCCGGCUAACAUCCAGUACCAGGUGGUGCCGCAGAUCCAGGGACCGCAGACUAUCCAGAUGAUGCCACAGGGGGGUCAGAUCCAACUCAUUCCAGGCACCAACCAGGCCAUCAUCACCGCUCCUAUGACCGUGCCGGCUCCGGCCGCCGCCGCUCCGGUCACGCCGCAGAAGACGGUAGCCAUCAAGCCGUCUCUGAAGGCGAAAAAGGCCGCUUCUGCGACGGUGGUGCAGCUGCCCGGCGGCCAUACGCUUCCGCUCAACGUGGCCACCGGCGAGGUGGGCGUGGCGCCCAUCCUCACAGAGACGCAGGCUUCCCUCACGGCUCCCGAGAAGGGCCGACGGGGCCGGAAGAGGAAGGUGGUUCUGCCGGCCGAGCCUCCGCCCCCCGCCCCCACGCAGGCGGCCUCCCCGACUCCGGACCAAAUGGAGACCAUACUGAUCGAGGCUGGUGACAACAUCAUUCAGGCGGGAAACAACCUACUGAUUGUCCAGAGUCCCGGUCAGCCGGCUGUGGUGCAGCAGGUUCAGCUGGUCCAGCCCAAAGCCGACUCGCAGCUGGUCCAGAUUCCCCAGCAGGCCUUGAAGGUGGUUCAAGCUGCUUCGGCCACUCUGCCCCCCGUCCCACAAAGACAGCCGGUCUCUCCAAACCUGCAAACCUCUCCAACAGAGCCGACGCCCACACAGAUCAUCUUUAAGACAGCGACGGGCGAGUGGCAGUCCGUUCAGCUCCAGGAGUCCGUUUCCACGGUAACCACCCCAACCACCUCGGUGGCCCCCGCCAUCACCUCCCCGUCAGCCAACGCCAAGAAGCCGGGGGGGAAAAAGGAGAGGACGUUGGCGAAGAUCGCCCCGGCGGGUGGAAUGAUCACCUUCAACGCGUCCCAGCUCCCGUCGGCGGCACAGGCGGUCCAGACCAUCAGCAUCAACGGGGUCCAGGUCCAGGGGGUUCCCGUCACCAUCACCAACACGGGAGGCCAGCAGCACCUGACGGUUCAGACCAUGCAGGGCGGGGGGCUGCAGCUGGCGCCCACCCAGGGUCAGUCGGCCAUCCAGGUAGAACAGACCUUCACGCUGGAGCUGCCCAGUCAACCCGGGGAGAAAAAGCGGCGCAUGGCCUGCACCUGCCCCAACUGCAAAGACGCAGACAAAAGGCCCGGCGAGGUGGGCAAACGGAGACACAUCUGUCACGUUCCCGGCUGUGAGAAGACGUUCAGGAAAACGUCGCUGCUCCGAGCUCACGUCCGGCUGCACACGGGGGAGCGGCCCUUCGUCUGCAACUGGGUUUACUGCGGGAAGCGCUUCACGCGCAGCGACGAGCUGCAGCGGCACGCCAGGACGCACACAGGAGACAAGCGCUUCGAGUGCAGCCAGUGUCAGAAACGCUUCAUGAGGAGCGACCACCUGACGAAGCAUUACAAGACUCACAUAAACACCAAGAACCUGUGAGCCCGGCCCGGCUUCUACCGGAACAGAACUGUUACAGGAAAGCCGUGGGGGGGGGUUAUGCCUGACUCAACCUGAUGUGGAAAAACAAACUGGUAUUUAAGCCCCCCGCUCCCCCUCUGCUGCUCCAGGACGCUGCUGUGGUGUACAAAGAAGUCCUUUUUCCAACGGAUCCAGUCCUUCACAUGGCUUUAUCUUUCUUUUCUUUUCUUUGUGUUUUAAUGUUCAGAACUGGCACGACUGUGUUUAUGUUAAUGAGGGGGCGUGGCUUCAAGCACUGAUGCAGAUCCCUCCAUUAAAAAAAAAAGAUCUAUAACCUUGUGUGAAGGUGGGAAACGGAGGCGUCGGCGCUGGAGAAUCCAGGACGGGUCCCAAACUCCGGCUUCAGUGGUUUGUUUAACUCCAAACUAUAAAGACGCUAAAACAACAAAACAUGCAGAUUCAGAUCCGGAUUCUCCCUUUUCCACUGAAUUUGAAACUAAUUCUACAGAUAAAUAAAUCACCGUUCUGCUGGAUCCUCAUCUUCACCUGCGAUCAUGGAAAAGUAACUCAAAGAUCAGAAGCAAACGUUUUAAGCGGCUUUGGAGCUGAAGAUGAGAUGAACUCACAUUCUUACUCCAUGCAGUUUUUAGUUUUUGAGUUAAAAUGGUUUUUAUGACUAAGAACUCUUACAGAAACUUAAUUGGAGAAAAAGAAAUGAACUUUUUUGCACACAUCCAAUCUGAAAAGUUUCAUGUUGAGUGGAAUUCUGGGAGGUUUAGUUUAUAACCUCUUCAGACUUCCAUUUGAGCUGACAGGCACAGUCACAGGGCCCCAGAAAAAAAAACAAAUUGGGUGAUGUACCCCCAAAAUGUGAUGUCACGUGACACGUGGACGCCAUCUGCAGAGGUUAAAGGUCAGAAUCAGACUUUUAAUAGCAGCUUUGGAGCUGAGGAGGAGAUGAACUCACAUUUUAAAACGGAGACCUACAAUAGAAACAGGAAACCUGAACACCACCACACAUCAGUUUCUGAGAAGCUUCCUGGUGAGUUGAAUUCUGGGAAGUGUAGUAUAUUGAAGGUUUUCCAUGAUACUGUUUAUAAAGUAACAUUUUUCUGUGGGAAAGCUGCUAGCUGCAUCAAACAGGUGUGCUUGGCGUCUAAAGUCGUUUGUACUGAUAUGUUUUCAAUCUUUUGACUUGAUUUACUUUCAGACUGUUGGAGGGAAUUACCCUAAAACAUUCGGGCCUCUUCAAUAACCUGCGAUGGCGUCUUAGGGCCACCAUCACAGCUAAAUAAGAUGAACGGAGGAAAACCGUAACUAUUUUACAAGAAUAAAGUGGUAAACGUAUGCUUCAUAAAGUUGUAAUUUUACAAGGAAAAAGUUUUGCUUUUUUGAUAAUAAAAUGUUCAACAAUCUCAAUAAAGACCAUCGGAAAUUACCUGUUAAGUUGACGAUGGAAUCUCACUAAAUGGAAUUUACUUUUUAUAGAAUUUAAUGACUUUAUUUUGAUCGAAGUACAACUUUAUUUCGAAGCUUUGAAAGACUUUUUCCUUGCUGAACUGUAACUUUUAAAAUCCUAAAUAUACAACUUUAUUCUUGUAAAAUGUUGACUUUUUCUCAUAUAUAUAUAUAUAUAUAUAUAUAUAUAUAUAUAUAUAUAUAUAUAUAUAUAUAUAUGGUGACCCUAAUGCUCUGUUGUAAUAACCAUAUAUGUAUUUAUUCACGUUUUUAAACUGGCAAUGACUUUUUAGACUGUAUGUUCUAGAAAGGAAGUAUUUUCCAUAAAAAAUUACGGAAAUGAGUUUGCUUUAAAUGAUGUACUGAAAAAACAAAGUUGUUAAGCAGCGUUUUCUUCUGGUUUAGUCGUACGUUGCUGUACACGAGUGAAUGACUUAUUAUUUUGUCUAUUUGACAAUCAUUUCACAAAAUGCAAACAGAGGAAGAAAGUCUUUCUUUCUUUUUGUUGAAGCUUUGAUGCAGAGUCGACUCCUGACAGGUUUCCAUGUUGAAUCACAGACCAGCAGCUUUGUGCUGUUGUGCAGCGUUCAUUGUGUUUCUAACAGAAAACCCGCUGAUCUCAUCCGUGUUAGUCGCCUGAAGAACCUUUGAACAGACUUUUAUUUUUGGGUGAAAGUUCCCCAAACUCCCUUUAAGCUCUGCAGCUCCCCGCUGCUCACGCUUUCAAGAUGAAAUUUACAUUUCUGCAUCUCCGUUCUUAGGUUUAUGCUAGAAACGUAUGACCAAAAACACAAACACACCCUUUUAAAGUGCUUUGUGAGCCCAGACGGCUCCUUUUUUUUGUUCUUUAUUUGGAUUAAAAAGACUGUCUGGAGACGUGCCACGGCAUCGGGACGGAAAACAAAUUCAUAUUUAUGCUUUUCAUGUUUGAAAAUGUAAAUAGUGUGUGUCAAGUGACACGGUGUAUGUAGAAUAAAGUUAAUUAAGCUGCAUAGAUUUCAGGCUGGGCAGCCGGCCUCGAAGGAAAACACGUGUACAGUUUGUAAGAAAUAAAAUAAUGUGACAUUGUAUAGCUUCAUUCCUGCUUUCUAUAAGGUGUCUUGACCUUUUUCUAUUGGAUGAAAGAUGCCUUAGACAGCCACACCCAGUAUUUAACAGUACCCCCCCCCCAGUCAAAGUGUUAACAUUUGUAAGUUAUGUUUUAAGCUUUUAACUUAAAACCUCACGUUCUACAGUUUGUAAAAUUACCAUGUAAUUAGAAAUGUGGGCUUUUACUUUUUUUCUUUCCCCAAAUGAAGGCAUUUCUAAUGCUUGGCUUCUGUGUAUUAAAUGGUUCUGUUAUAUACUGUCACACAGCCCCCCCCCCGGUGAUUAUCAGGAGAAAACCUAAAACCAGCAGCCGAUUUUAUAAAAGACUUAAAGGUGCUAGAAUAAGCUUCGCUCCUUUUCUACCAUCACCUCCUCAAUAAAAGACUCAAACCGUU